GACAGGAGGGCUGGCCAGUUCCCCACGCUCACCUUUCACAACCCAACCGAUGGUGCCAUGGAGCAGGAAGGCUGAGAAAGAGGCCACAGGAAGCCGUGACGCUGCGUGGGGGGAGGGGGUGGAGGCAGGCCACACAGCAGAGCCUGGGGCCAGAGGGACACAUAGACACCGGGCUCCGGCCAGCGCGGACAAGGCUGGCCAAGGAUGGUGACACCCGGGGCCCUGAGGGUCCUGUUUCUCCUGCUCCUCCUGCUCUGGGCCUCAGGUAUGGAAAAUUCUACGAUCCUGGAGCAACCGAGAAACGUCUGCCUGGGGCUCAUCAAUGAGGACAGCUAUGAGUCCUUCCACCUGGAGAACACAGCUGGCUGCUUCACAAAAUGCAGGCAGUCAGGGAAUGAACCCUGCGACCUGAAAAACUUACAGAGAUACUGGCUGAAAUACGAGUUCCAUCUGGUGGAGAAUCAGAUGGGGAUAGUGAAUACGUCUUUUUUGAAGGCUGUUGUCCAGAGUGUCAGCACCAACAUCUCAGAAGACCUGCUCUUCUCUCUGACGCCUUCCCAGGUUCCAAGGCCAGUGACAGAGGAGGAGCAUGAGCCCCCCGACAGAGUCCGGCUGCCCCGGAGUCUCUUUGAAUCCCUGCAGGACAGCAGGUCGGUGGUCCGGCUGGCCAUCACGCUCCUGGACAUCGGUCCAGGGAAUCUCUUUAAGGGCCCCGAGCUCAGCCUGGAGGACAGCAGCAGCGUGUUGAACAACCGCCUGGUGGGCUUGAGUUUGGGCAAUAUAUCUGUCAGCAGGCUGGCUGAGCCUUUGGAGAUCACCUUCUCCCACCAGCGCCCACCCUCUAACAUGACCUUCAGCUGUGUAUUCUGGGAUGUGACUAAAGGGUCAACAGGAGACUGGUCUUCCACAGGCUGCUCCACAGAGCUCAGCGCCAAGAGGACUGUCUGUCGCUGUGACCACCUGACCUUCUUCGCUUUGCUGCUGAGGCCGAUCUUGGACCGGGCCACGGUGCAGGCCCUCAUUCGCAUUUCCCAGGCUGGCUGUGGAGCCUCGAUGAUCUUCCUGGCCUUCACUGUUCUCCUGUAUGCUGCCCUGAGGUUCUACCGGCAGCGGUUCAAGUCAGAAGAUGCCCCCAAGGUCCACGUGGCCCUGAGCAUUAGCUUGUUUCUCCUGAAUCUAGCCUUCUUCAUCAAUGUGGGGCAUGGCCGUGAGCCGUCAGAUGCCACCUGCUGGGCCCGGGGGGCCAUCUUCCACUAUUUCCUACUCUGUACCUUUACCUGGAUGGGCCUGGAAGCCUUCCACCUCUAUCUGCUCGUCAUCAAGGUCUUCAACACCUACUUUGGGCACUAUUUCCUGAAGCUGAGCCUCGUGGGCUGGGGCCUGCCUGCCCUAAUCGUCAUUGGCACCGGGAGCGCCAACAGCUAUGGCCACUAUGCCAUCCGCGACAAGAAGAACAUGGCCACGCUGGAGCUGUGCUGGUUCCGUGAGAAGACCGCUGUCUCUGCCCUCUACGUCACCGUCCAUGGCUACUUCCUUAUCACCUGCCUCUUCAGCGCUGUGGUCCUGGGCCUGGUGGCCUGGAAGAUCUUCACUCUGUCGACUGCCACAGCAGGCAAGGAGCAGGGACCGAACUGGAAGGGAGUGCUCACCGUGCUGGGCCUCUCGAGCCUGGUGGGUGUGACCUGGUGGCUGGCCAUCCUCACGCCCCUGGGCCGAUCCACCAUCUAUGUCUUCGCGCUGUUCAACUCCCUGCAAGGUGUCCUCAUCUUCUGCUGGUUCGCCAUGCUCUACUUCCCCAGCCGGACUGCCGUGGCCUCCUCUUCUGGCACCGCCAGAAUUGACCAGGUCCACACCGCGUCUCAAGAAUAGAGGGCCUCCCUGGGGUCAGGCUGGGAGCCGGCCGCACAUUGUGGACUCGGCUCUGACUCCCUGUGUGAACUCAGGCUGCUCCUUGCCUCCUUCUGGCCUUCAGUUUCUAUGUUUGUACAAUGUGGCUGGCGAAGGGAGGUGAUGGGGGCCAGUUUGGACCACCUGGCCUCAGUGGUUCCGUCCAGAUACUUCUGUGGGUCCUAGAGUCCACAAAUCCAGGAUUGCGAGAGUCUGAAGACCGCUGCCAGCAUAGAGCAGGUGCCCUCACCUGUACCUGUACCUGCACCUCCUGCCUACCGAGCAAAACAGCUCAUCUCUGCCAUUGGCCACCUCUGGUUUUAGUCACAGGGCACUCUGUUAUCAGAAUUGCCCCUUGAAGGAGUCCCAGCCUCUCCUCUUCUCCCUCUUACCACCACCCUCUCACAACCCCACCCUCUGGCUGCCUGUUCUCAGGCACUUGGACAGUUGUGCACUAGAGGUUUGGGUCUAUCUAUGGAUAGAUAAGCAGGAGCCCCUGCCACCGGGGGCCGCCCACCCUCCAGCUGUCUGGGGACACCGAAUUUCAGAGAAGGCCACUUACUCAAUAGUGGGUGUGACACCAUAAGCAGGCUCCCCUCCCCACCCUGACCGCCACACGUGUGGCCUGACCUCUGAUCUGCUGUCAUAGUGGGGUGGAAGGCAGAUGGUCCAGAGCUCCGCACACCUGAGGGCCGAGGGGCAGGGCAGGGGAGAGGGCUGGGCUG